AGAGAUACAGUCUAUGAUACCCUCUGCGGUAUGUCCAAUUGCUUGCAAACUGUACAUGCAUUUCUGAUGUUGUAAAUGUGCCAGGCCUCUGGCUCAUCACCAAUGGAGACACAUGUUCAGCUCAGUUCUGCUGCUGUCAUUAUUUUCGAACACUCCUUCUACAUUUUUGACAAGCGGCGUCGUCUUCAGGACCGGCAAAAAUCUGUUUCCUCUGUUCAUGUCGCUCUCGAGCAGUACAUGGCCUCUCCGCAUGCAACUGCCGUCCGGGAUGCUGUGAACACUGCCGUUCACGCCUAUGAAGAAGCUGUGAGCGCUGCCGUCCUUGCAUAUCAAGAGGCUAUGAGCACUGCCAUGCAUACAUAUCAAGGAAGCUCGUCUACUUGGAUGGCGAAGUUACCGUUUAAACGCUUCCAGAGGAAGGCUUUUGAACGCUCUCAGGCGGAAGUGAAACAAUCUGUGUGCUCUCAGGCGAUGGCGAAGUUGUUACAGAGAAUCCUUGAAAUCACUUUACAGUACCGCCUGCCAAAACCUUGAUGGUUGCAACCCAACGUCGAUGAUGUUCCAAUUAGGAGUGGUAGAGCUGAGGUGUCUUGGCGGUGAAUGAGGAUUUCUUGAAUGAUUUGUCGAGGUAGUUUGAGGCGGUGGAACUGUAUGAAAUGGUUGUAUUAUCAGCAAUGUCAUUUUUUCUGGUGCGGCGUAUACGGC